GCUACUGGCCCAGCGGCCGCCAUUACUUCCGGCUGGGUCAUCGCUAUGGGGCUCCUUAGUGUCCUGCUCGUGGCCCGGAAGCGCUUCUAGCGAUUGCCCCGGAAGAGAAGGGAGAAGGGGGAGGGCUCAGCCCUGGUGGAGAGGCCGGAGGAGGCGACGGCGGGAGGCGGAGCUUGUGCCCUUUUCGCGCGGCUACUAGAGCGGAGUCUGGACUGUCGCCGGUGGAGAGAGCGACGGGCGGGGAGGGUCUCGAAGAAUAUUCCCGGCGACGGGGGGAGGGCGGGGGUGGGGCCUCGGGGUCGGGAGGGUCACAGACUGGAGGGGGUUGGGAGGUUGAGAGGAAGAAGAUGCUGCUCUUCGUGGAGGUGAGUGAGGGAAUGAGCGGGCGCGCGCGAGGCGGCGGCGGGGGGAGGUUGGCCCGUGUUGAGGCACGUGACUCUGAGGCGGCUCGCGCCCUCGCUGCGCGUGUGAGUGGGGGGGGAGGGGGUUGGGACUGACACAGCAAAUCUCUGCGCCUGACCCUCCCCUCUCCCUUUACAUUGGGACAAUCAUCAACUGAGCUGAGGGAAGGUGGGGGCGGGGGGGGGUGCGAGGAGGAGGGGAGGUGCCCAGUACGCGCGCGCUUCCUCACUCCCUGAUUCACACACCCCCCCGCGCCGCACGUGCGCGCUCUCGCUCUCACGCAGAGACCCCGGGCGCUCCAUGCGGGCGCAGGAAGCUCACGCUGCCGCCGGGCGGGUAAUGUGGCGGCGGUGGGUGGGGUGGUCUCUUGCCUCGGUGGCUUAAGAUGUGCAUAUGGGGCUUUAGGGUGGGUGGCUGGCUCGGAUAGACGUCCCGAGGGGCGGCCCUGCUGCUUGGGGCGGGGGGAGCCGGGCGGUGUGGGUGUGCCCCCCCCCAAGGGCAGGCGUCGGAAGGAGCUGGAGGCCUUCGAGGCCGGCGGCGGUGCGUGCGCGUGUUGGGGGACUUUGAAGGCUCCCGAGAGCUGGAAGCGUGGCUCGGGAGGGUGAAGGCGAAGCAGGCCUCCGGGCCCAGCUGGCCUGUGCUGAGAAACGGAGCGGCCGUGUUUGUGCGUGUAUGUGUGAGAAUGGGAGCUUUUUUUUUUUUGUGCGUGGUUGCUUCGCGUGGAGGGGGUUGGGGAAAGCCCGGGUGAAGGGAGGCCUUGAAAGGCACUGCAAUGACCUUUUGUAAAAGUUGCUCUGGUGGUGGUUGCGGCGUGGAACAUGGCCGGGCACGUGUGAAGGUUACCCAUUGAGGCCCGCGCCGGGGAGGGAAAAUACUACUAGAACUAUUUCCUCACCAGCAUAUCCUCCUAUCUUUUUUGUUUUUUAAAAAAAUAAAACCUGGACGAUUUCUUUUUUACUCCCUCCGCCCAAAUAGCUCCCCCCCCCAACCGCAGGCACAUGGCAUGAGUGCAAAAUAAUCAGCUGACUGCCUGGCUUUCUCUUUCUCUUGCCUAGCUAAUGCUUUGAGUAGAUUCCAGAUUGUAUUGUUCUUAUUGUAGAAAUGUUGCAACUUAGCAACUUGGCGCUGGCUUAACUGUGCCCAUAAACAGCACGCUUUGAGUGGUGAAGAGGUGUAGUUUCUGGAUCUGAAGGUGAUUUUAACGAGAUGGGUUUAAUCGGUUUUCUUAUUUGAAGAACUUAACACAUGGUGAUUAUUGCAAUAAUAUUGUUAUUCGUAACUAAACAAUAUAGCUUUGUAUCUUCUACUACUGUGUAAAUCUAUUACUGUAGAAGGAAAAGUUUGUGAAUAGGAGUUGUAUGUAGCAUAUGGCUGUUUUCAAACAGUGCAAAGUCAAAAUGGAGAAUGACAUUUUCAAAUGCAAUUCCAAUCUUUCUUGUGAUAAGAUAAGCAGUUACUUAGAUUAAGAAAGCAUAAAAGUGUUUCUCGUGUUAAAUAUUUAUUUGGAGUCUUACUUGUAGAUCAGUUUUAUACAUGCCUUGAAUCCAGUGGGACUUUCUUCAGUGGGACUUACUAACAAGUAAAUAUGUAUUAGAAGACAGCCUCAGGCACCCAUUAAAAUAAUGCAUGAUGAAAGAGUGAAUGCCUUAAAUGCGUUUUCAGCAGAACCAUUGACUUCUGACAAAGGUGUGUAAUUAGAACCUAUUUAUAAGUCAUACAUUAUAAUUUUUUUUAUUUCACCAACAGGCCUCAUGAGCACUUAAAGGGUGGACUAAUGUGGCUGUUCAGUAGUAUAAAGGUUAUUCAAUAUAGAUUGACUUUAGGUAAAAAGGGUUUGUGACUCUUAGUGUUCCAAGGUGUGCAAAAUGUCAGAAAAUAUAUGGAUUCACAGCACAUUCCUAUACAUGUAUAGUCAUCGCAUUACUCCUCAGUAAGUACAUAAGGAAUCACAUUCAUUUAGAUGCAAACGUGAUAUGAAGGCUAGGGACUAAUUAAGAAAACUUACCAUAGAAAUAAAUAAGCACCUGCAGUAGUAGCCAUUACACCUGGAGUGCUAGAAUACUUUACCUAUCUUAAAAACCAAAACCAAAAUGGAUAUAAGCAGACCAGGAAGAAGAGUCUGUUCCUGUUUUAAUUUCUUCUAUUGGGAAAAUAGUAUGGCUGUUUGUAAUGACUCGUCAUUUGUUACUAAUAAAUUGAUUUUCCCAAGCAUGCAAGCUUAUCACUUUAUAAAAUAACUGAAAAUGCAUGCUUUUAAGGAUGCAAUCCUAUACACACUUAUCUGAGAGCACUUACAUCUGAGUAAACAUGCCUAGUCUUGUAAUCUGGGGAACCGGGUUCGGGUCUCUGCUCCUCCACAUGCUGCUGCUGGGUGACCUUGUGCUAGUCACACUUCUCUGAAGUCUCUCAGCCCCACUCACUUCACAGAGUGUUUGUUGUGGGGGAGGAAGGGAAAGGAGAAUGUUAGCCGCUUUGAGACUCCUUAGGGUAGCGAUAAAGCGGGAUAUCAAAUCCAAACUCUUCUAAAUGUGUGCCUAUGGUGAGCCUUUCAUUUUUUUAAAAAAAAAAAACUUUGUUGUGGGGGCUAGGUUCAUCAUUAUAAACAAUGUUUGUGGUGCAUUCUUACUGUUUUAGUCUGUUUUGUUCCACAACUGUGGAGUGGGUAGUAGUUUGAACUUCAGUACAAUUGGACGGCUCCCUUUAGUGCAGUGAAGCGUUUUCUUUUAACAUCAGAGCCAUUUCUGAUCAUCAGUUUGCAACAGAUCUGGUGCAAAUGAGUUUGAUUUCAAGUACAGUCAUACCUUGGAAGUCAAAAUUGCAUGUCCUCCUAGAACUCCGUUCCGGAAGUCCAUUCGACUUAAAUGUUCAGAAACCAAAGUGUGGCUUCUGCAGCCAAUCGGAAGUCGCAGAAGCUCUGUUAGACAUUCGGCUUCCAAAAAUAGUUUGCAAACCAGAACAGUCACUUCUGGGUUUGCGGCGUUUCGGUGCCAGAACGUUUGGGAACUAAGCUGUUCCAUAACCAAGGUACAACUGUGCAUGUUACCAACAUGCUAUAUUUUUGAUAGCUAUUUAACUUGUGUACCUUGUGCAAGAUCUUAUAGCUCACGGGUGGGGAACCUUUUUGAUUUAGUGAACUAGAACUUUAUCUCCUCUCUCUCCACAGGCCUACUUUUGCAGGUGGGUGGAGCCACCUGCUUGUGUUGAGGUUGUCAGGCGAUUUGAUAGGUGUGCAUUCUUCCUCACCUCUCAAGGUUGCCCUGUGGGAUGUUAGGGGGAGGGGUUCUGCUUUAACAGCAUUUUUCCUGCAGGGAAUGUGUUGGUGAAGCAGCACCCAACUGAAUUGUAGUCUGCUCAGCAACUGAUGAGCAGUGUCUUCAGUCCUGCUCCAUGCUGGGACCUGAGCAGGAUUUAAUCUCCCUUCCUCAGUUGAUGAUUGUGGAUUAAAUCCUGCUGCUUUGGCUGUGUAUGCCAAUUCUCAGCAGGGGAAUUGAUGUGUGCAGCCAAUGCAGAAUUGAACCCUGACCAUCAGCUGAUACCACCCACCAACAGCUGACUGAGAGGUGGAAGUAGGCUUGGGAAAAUGGCCUUCUGGGCCAAAUUUGACCUUGUGGGCAAAGGCUGGUCUGUGAACUGGAUGUUUCCAAUUCCUGAUUGGCUAAUGACCAUAGUGUUCAUGGUUAAGUAAAAGAGUUCUAGGAGGACAUGCAAUUUUAAACAUACUUGCUUGCAAAUAAUACUUAAUUGCAGUGGAUCAUUCAAGAAUGCAAGCUUUGAAUUUCUUUUGAUAUUCCUGAUUUUUCUUAUUCAGCUAAUCUUCAUUUCUUUUUUCUUUAUCAGUACCUUAGCCUCUAUAAUGACACCUCAAAUCCAAUGAAUUGCCCAUGUUGGUUUAAAGAUGGCUGCAAUUUUAUUUACUUACGUAUUAAAGUUUUGGCAUCUUGUUAUAACAUGGAGAUUGAACUGGGAAGUCAAUUUAGUGCUGAACACAGUGCUAAGAGGUCACUAUCUCUUUUUCUUCUCUGCCUCUUGCAGCUGUGCAACUUUCAAACUAGGUAAGCUUCAUUGGUGAAAGAGGCUGAGAGGGGAUUCUGUGUGGUCGUUUGGCAACCAUACAAGCAUCUCUUGAUGCUUCCUCUUAACCUGGAAGUGAUGGGGAAUGCUUCCAUAGUUGCUUAGCAACUGCAUGCGUGUUUCCCCUUCUACUGCUUUGUCUGUAUAAUGUAUACUAGCUCAGUUGGCAUGAAUGUGGCUGAAAAAAGUGCAGCUGUUACCACCACUCCUUGCUUUAAAGUGUUAGCUAAGACUGGGAAGCAAAAUCAUUCCCCCCUUCAAUACUUCCACUGGGCUAGUGAUAAAUUGGAUUUGGCCCAUGGACUGUCAAUUAGCAGUUUUUGAUAUUGAAGACCCUUCCAUGCAGAGCUUGUCUGAGGCCCUGGGCAGGAGUCUUGUUAUAAUAAAGUUAUAAACUUAAACAACGCCCCCUACCCCUCCCCAGCCCCCUGAGGCCUGGGACAAGUGUACCUGGCUGGGCCCCCACUGCUACCAUAUUGGUUGCUUUCUCAUGUUUAUAUUUUGUAUCUCCUAAUCUGAUUCAUUAUAAAUUAGGAGUGUUGAAUAACAGAUUCUCAUUAUAUACAUAAUAAUGCAUCUCCUUUUCUUGGAUGAGUUUAGUAAAGUAUAUGUUGAAAUACUCAAAAGUGGUGUUAUGGCAUAGCUAACCUUUUAAGUACAGUAAAAUGACUAUUGAGUAACUUAUUUGUUGGAGAAAUAAUAAACCUAUGCUGAACAAAGGUAAAAAAUCAAAGCAACAAUACUACUUUGUUCCUGUUAUCAUAGUUCUAAAGCCAAAAAUAUUAGAGACUGGUGAAUGAGUGAUACCAACAUAGAAAUGUGUGAUGGUUUGAAUUUUUAGUGGAAACUGCAUGACACAUCAGACAGUGAAAGAAAUGCACGGUAUGCAGUCUUGAUAUUGAUUUUAUAUGGCACCCUUUUGAAUAUUAACUGCAUUGCAAAGUUAAGUCAGGCAUGUGCAGAACGCAAAGUGGGUGUGGAUGGGUGGGGAAUGGUAGGUAACAACUAGCUUCAUUUUGCCAGUGUUACUUUAGUGUUGCCCGUCUUGAUCUUGUUUGGCAGAACUCUAAUGAUGAUCUGUUCAGGGAUGGACUGUGGAUUGCAGGUGUUUAGUAUAUUUGUUACUAAACCCUCUGGGUUGGAUCCAGAGAAAAGCAUGCAGAAAGGGGAUUGCAGAAGCUGACCUCUGCUUCCCCCAGAACUCCUCUGCUGAGUCCAGGGCUCUGUGUGUGUGGCUGAGGCGAUCUCUGAAACCUGGGCAGUCACUAGGCAGGACACAAGCCUGCUAAGCCUUGUGGUCUGGUGCGUGGAUUCUAAUCCUGUGUUACAUGUAGCAAGGCUAGAUCUGGUCACUUCACAAAACAAUAUUUCAUGUCCAGCUAUUACAAUGCUAAUAUGCCUAAAAGGCAUGGAAAAAGUUGCAUUUGUAUAUGGUUUAGUCAUAGAAUUGUAGAGUUGGGAGGUUCUUCUAGUCCAACCACCUGCAGUGAUGCAAAGGAGGAGGAAAUUAAUGAAAUUUGUUAAGCAUUGUAAACCAAGAAGCUGCUGCAGAGCUGUUACUGAAAAGUAUUUACUGAAUGACUUCCUUGUGUAACAAGUUUUGUAACUUCAACACUGUUCGACACUGGCACAUGUAGGAUUUUGCUGUUUGCUUUUACUGUUUUUGCUCAAUCAUGCUUUGGCAACAAGCAGUAGAAAUAAGCGGUAACAUACUGGUAACAUGUACUGGAUUUCAGCCUGAGCUAAGUCCUCAUGUAUGAAAUGUAGACAUUUAACGGAAGCAGGAAGUUGGUGCAGCAAGCCUUCAUUCCUCCAAACUGUAGUUUGAAUUUGCUCUCUGAGGAUUAUUGGUGCUUAGAAACGACUUUAAUUGGCCUGCAAAUGGCUUUGCAAGCCCUCAAAAGGCACCAUUAUUAGAUUGUCAUUCUAGAGAGUCUCCCAAACUUCGUAUAACUUUGCAGGUAUGUGAAAAGGUUGCCAGCCAUUAAAAAAUUGUGUAGUCUUGGUUGUUUCACUGGGAAGCUUGUGCAUUAUGUGCAAUGCAAUCUCACCUUUUAAAAUAAGAUUUUCCUUUUUUAAUAGCUAUAUUGCAGUGCUUGUUGAAGGAAUUUAUAUUUCAUGAUAGUGAAAGAAUAAGUAUGUAUCUAAUUACCAACCAGCAAUCACUACAGAACUUGAAGCUUUCAGCCUCUAGUGGCUUUGCGUUUUUUUCUUCAGCACUAUUCUCAGAGAACACAUUUCACAUUAUAUGUGUAGAAACUGCUACAAAGAAUAUGCAAAACAUUCAGAACUAAAACUUUUUUAAAGACCUUUGUCCUUGCUGCUCCCCCCCCCCCCCGCUUUUGCUGAUCAAAGUUAGUUCCUUGGCAAAGCCUGAUUUGGAGCUAAGUACACUUUAAAAAGCUGAUGCAAACUUGGAGUGCUCGGAACAGGUGAAAGAAAAUGUAAUAAGAAAAGCAAAAAAUCACAAAUCUUAUCAACUGCAGGAGGAUGUGUUUUAUGAGCCCUUUUGGACAUGCCAUUGUAAACUGAAUAUUGUGUGUAUGUUAUUCUUGCCCUCUCUCACACAUACCUUUUGUGUGAAAGUUAAUUCUUGCAAUACUUCAGGCAUCUAUGAUUGUGGAGAGGUGGAAACUUUAAAAACAGGUACGAGGGAGAGCUUGAGGUUACUCAUCUCCAUCUCCAAUAGUUAAUAAACACAACCUAACUUCAAGGCUACUCUAGAAGCUAUAACCUUAUUGGAACUUUUCACCUGCACGAAGAAAGCAAUCCAGUUGCAAUUCUUUGACAAAAGAGUAGUUUUUGCUGGGUCCUGUAUUUUCUCAAAAUGUAUCUACAGAUUCACUCCUAUCUCCACCGAUUUCUCAGUGUAGAAGUGAAUGAGUCCUGCUCAAAAGCAGACCCAGUUCUAUGCCUCUUUCCUUAACCAUAAUGUUUAGUAAGGGAUGCCUGUGAUGUGAUAAUCACAUUGUGCACAUCCCUGUCCCUGCUAUAUAUCAUUGGCUGUUAUGGGAGCAGAAUUAGGUUCAGCUCUGGCUGAGGUGUUAUUUAUUAUAUACUAUAAUGGAAAUCAGAAUACUCUUAUGUCAGCUUUCCCCAGGGAUGGGAAGGGAGGAAGGCAAGGUUUUAAGACUUUUUAAGUGUAUCUUGUAAAGUUGUUAAAACCUUGUAUAUUGUUUUGAUUCCUUCUUAAUAUAACAGAACAACUACAGCAGUCUUCUUAAUCUUCUGUCUUCCAUAUCUUGUUGGAUAACAACUUCCAUAGUCUCUGAUUUGGUCAUGCUGGCUUGGGCUAAUGGGAUUUGGAGUCCCAGCAUCUGGAGGGUGGUAGGUUAGGGAAGCCUGAUAAUAUGUUAUGUAUUAUUAUUAUUUUUAUAUUAGAAUUUGUGCCUUUGGCAUGCCUACUUUUAUACAUAGUUCUAUUAAAUUAUUUAUGACAAUGGCGUGCAGGAUCAGAGAUCUAGUCGAAAAUAUAAGGAAGAAAAAUAAAGUGAAUGGGAAGAUGGGGUACCAGUUUCUGGUUGAGGCUUCUGUUUUAACCUUUGCAUUUCUGUACUGUCACAAGUCUUCACUUCUGCUAAUGAAGUAGAACAGUUUCCCAUGACUAUGCAGUUGUAUGACACUGGAUACAUUGGGGGGAGGCGGAACUGAUUGAGACUGGAUUAAAACUGAAUGUUAUGACCUGUGAUGUAAAAACCAGCUAUGUUGGAGUGUACCUUACUCUUGAGAAAGAAUCCUCUCAGUCACUCACUGUUUUACCCAUGUCUCUGUUCUAAGCCUUUCGAACAUGAUCGGAGGAGCUAAAGCCAGUUCAUGUUUUGGGAGACAUAGGUGUUUAGUUCACAAAGCUAUACUGAUGUUUAGUUGUACUGUGAUCUUGGUGGGGGCAAAAUUAUAUAUGUGGCAAUCCAUAAUGCUUCCUUAUGCCCUGUUUUUUUUCUGUUCUGUGGACAGGGUAUGGUACUAAAGCCACUCCUUGAUGCUAGAGAGACUCCAGAAGGCUAGACUCUGGAAUUCAACUUCCUUAUUCUCUGGCCUGUGCUUCUCUGUGGCAAGAUGGUCAGUGCUUGUUCAGUAUCAUUAUACUGUCUUAAUAAAGAGCCGUAUCUUCCUGUGUGUUGCUGCAGAUUAUAUUUCUGUUGUUCAGGAGAGCCCAUCUUCCAGAGAGCAGGUUCUUGAAGCUGGGGGAAAAGUUAAAUUGCCAAUGAGACAAUGUGUGGUUAUAAGCCAGCCUGAUCCUUUGAAACAUGCAGACAACUGAAUACCUGGAAGCUCCUCACAAUAUUUUUGGUUUCUGACUUGAGAGUUCUUGGACUUCAUAGUUUUUUAAACUUACAGAUAAGAGAGGGUGCGUUAUUGAAAAACUGUCUGUGGGUUACACUGAUGUUAGGUACAUAUUUUGAAUGUUGGUGUUUGCAAUGAGGUGCUGUUACUUAUCCAUAGGAUGAAUUACUCCAUGGGAGACUGCAUAGUUCUUAUCAAAUUUGGCACCUACUAAGAAAACGAGAAGAGCCUGCUGGAUCAGGCCAAUGGCCCAUCUAGUUCAGCAUCCUUUUCUCACAGUGGCUGAACAGUUGCCCUUGGGAAACCCAACGAGCAGGAUUUGAGCACAAGAGCGCUCUCCCCUCCUGUGGUUUACAGCUCUCCAAAUCAAGGGUGUGGCACCUCCUGCCCAGGGGCCAAACCUGACCCACCAGGCCAUUUUGGAUAAGCCACACCCACCUACCUGAUGUCAGGUAUGGGGCGAGUAAGGGUAGAGCUUCAAAUGAACAAUUGGGAGCUUAAGGUGGACGUCUGAUUCUUCCCUUGCUGGAGCAUUAUGAUGUCUGAUGACUCAUGUAAAAAGUCCGUUGCACAGCACUUCUGAAGUUCUUGACAGCCAGCUGUUUAUCAGGUGCAUGGGAACUGCAAUGCAAGGGGCUUUGCCAGCCCUGCACUUAGCAAAGCUCUGAGCAUUGGGCUUGCACAGCUGCCUUCUGCAGGGAUUGAUUGUGCAACCAAGUUCCCCAUGGGGAUUUGGUCAGGCAGGGGUGAACUCAUUGCCCACGGUGAUAGGUGAUAAUUUCAACCUUGCUUUCCGCAGGGAUUAGCUGUGCAAUUGAGUUUCCAUGGGGAGCUGGGUUGUACAGCUGAUCUAGCAGCAUCUCUCUCUGCCCCACAUCUUACAUACAUGAGGUAUGUUUGUGGGGUUUGCAGAAAAUUGGGGGCCACAUUGGGUUCUGUGGCAGGCCAAAUCUGGCUGGAGGUUCCCACCCUUGCUUUAAGAGCCUAGCAGUGGUCUAGCCUUAUAGGGAGGGGUUCCCAAAAGACAAGUGUGUCCAAACUGCAGGAAACAUUUCAUUCUAAUGGUACUUCUUGCAGAAUGGAACAUGGUUUUGGCCCUCACUAAGGAAUGUAUUUAUCAAACCUAAAACCUCAUAUAGUGGUUUUAUUUUUUGGGGGGGCGGGGUACAAUCUGCAGUAAAUACCAGCAUGCAGACUCAAAGAAGUUAUUGCGGUGGUAGUAGGAGAUAAAAAGUGCUUACCAAGGGACUGUGGGGCAGGGUGAAUGGGGGGGGGGGGUGGUGCUUUCAUAUUUUCACAGCGGUUUACAAGAAUCUAAGAAAGCCAUACUGUUACACUGGGUUCCUUCACCCCAUGGAAUUGCUUAGAAAUUGUGGGAAAUUUAUAUCCCCUAAUUACUCCAUUAUCUGACCCACUGAGUUUUCACACUCUUCUUAACUAGUUUGUAAUACGGCCACAGCCCACUUCUUUUUAAAUGGGAGAUGGAUCUCCAAAGCUUAACAGAAGAAAUAUUCCUGACCUUUUAAGUCUUGUUAUUUGCUAAUACACAUCUUCUGUUUUCUCAGCAGGUAACAUCGAAAGGUGCCAGCUUAAAUCCUAAUGCAAAAGUAUGGCAGGAAAGCAUGCAAGGAAACUCUGAAGCUGCACCAGCAACUAAUGGCACUGAGCAAUCAUGGCAAGAGACAGCAGCUGUGCCGGGAAAUAGUACAGAGGGUAAGAUGUCAAGACCAUACUUCUAAAUAUGAACAAUGGCUUAAUCCCUUGCUUAGCUAGGAUUGUGGUUAUAGUGUGACUCUAAAUCCAGCAGUAAGAAGCAACCAGUUCUUUUGUCCUUGAAAGCACAGUAGCUGCUUCUGGGUGCUGGUUGUCUGUAACAGAAGGCAUUACUUCAGCUUCAGAAGAGGCAGCUGGUUUGCUUGGAUUAGGAGUGGGGAACAUGUGGCUCUCCAGAUGUUGUUUGACUUUAACUCCCAUCAGCCCCAGCCAGCAUGACUAGUGGCUAGGGAUGAUGGAACUAGCAUCUGGAGAGCCGUGGGUUCUCCAGCCCUGGCUUAGAUAGAAAUAUAUGUGAAUUUGUGAGGAAGUGUGUUGAAGAUAUUCACAUGGUUAGUACUCCGGAAUGGGAGUGUUUCUAAAAAGUUACAAAGGCCCAAUGAUGACCCAAGUAUCGCGCUAAGAGGGAAGCAAGUUACUAAAUGUACAGAAAUGAAUCUCUUUCUCACUUUGCCUUUUUCUGUUCCCUUUGUUUUCUUUUCUCACCUUUUCCUUGAGCUUUUCUCAUCAUUUCUGAACUUUAGUGAACAUGUGACCCUGUGAACAAAAAGUUUGAAAGCUGAGGGCCGUGUACAACCCAAGCUGAUUGAAUUAUUCCUUAGAUCAUGUGCGUGGUAAACACAUCGGCAAAAUAACGCCUACACAAUUUAAGAAUGGUGAAAAUCUAGGCAGAAUUGUGAUAUUUAAGAUUAUGCACAGCUUGAAAAUUAUUUGCAUUUAAGAAGAACUUGGUUCUGAAUUCUUAUGGCACCAGCCACUUUUAGUGCUUUCCCACAUAUUUCUAGUGGAAAUAGAUUUUUUGAAAUGUAAGUAGACAUUCCUAGGAUUUUUAAGCAUGUGCAGUUUACAUGUAAUGUCACAAUGCCUCUAGUUGUGUGGCCUCUAGUUCUUGGUGGCGAGAAGUGUGAAAUGUAACCCAUCAUCCCUUGCAUAUUUGAAGUUUAGGGAAAUGUAGAAUUACUGGAAUAAAUUCUACCUAUGGGAGAUUCUCUGCUGCAAGUAGUUGCUGUUUUCAAGGGAGAAGCAAGGUUGCUGUUAACCUUGUUUUGCUUGAUUGUUCUGUUGCCUGUUAAAUUCAUACUUUAAUGAACAAUUGUUUUAGGUUUCAGUUUCCUGCUAAUGCAGCAGGUUCUGGAGCAAACAAGAUCUGCUAAGGAAUUCAUUUUCUUAGGAAAGGUAGUUCAGAUAGACCAGAGAAGGUGGGUAGGGAAAACUGCUGUCUUUAUAGAGUUUGCUUUAGUAGCUUCAAAAUCUCUAUUUUCCAGACUUUCUAUUCCAAAUUUUUCCUUUCUUCGUGUGCUGCAUGAAGGGGCACAUACAGCUCCAACAUACAAACCAGUCUUUCCCCUUAAUAUUCCUCACCCCAUGUGCUUGUCUUUUCUCCCUCCUUUCCUGAAUUCCCACAUUGCUGCUUAAACCUGUCAAGAACAUGGGCAUUUAGAAAGAAAGCCGUUUGAAGGGAAACUACUGUUGGUAUUGUCCCCUGGGUUGCCCUUAUAAACAGCUCUCUUAGUAAAAGCUUGAUAUUUAUUUGCAGGUGUCAUCCAUUCAUUGUUACUAGGAAAUCAUAGGAAACUUAGGAAAUAAAAAAUGUCACCUAGAAAAUUUUCUACAUCACUGUAACACACAUGAGCAUGUUUCACACACAGUUUUCUGCUUUCCCAGAAACAUGUUGAGUAUUAAAACUGGUUAUUUUAAUCUUGGCUGUUGGCAGUUGUGAUCACUUCUUAGAUAAGAACUCGAUCAGUUACUUAAGUACAGUAUGUUUUGUAACCUCAUCAGCAGUUCAAAGCUGUUCUUAUAUAUAAAAUAAGCAUGUAAUACUUAUUAAAUAAGGGACGCGGGUGGCGCUGUGGUCUAAACCACAGAGCCUAGGGCUUGCCAAUCAGAAGGUCAGCGGUUCGAAUCUCUGUGACGGGGUGAGCUCCCAUUGUUCGGUCCUAGCUUCUGCCCACCUAGCAGUUCGAAAGCAUGUCAAAGUGCAAGUAGAGGGCAGGAAGGUAAAUGGUGUUUCCAUGCGCUGCUCUGGUUCGCCAGAAGCGGCUUAGUCAUGCUGGCCAUAUUACCCAGAAGCUGUCUGCUGAUGAACGCUGGCUCCAUCAGCCUAUAGAGCGAGAUGAGUGCGCAACCCCAGAGUUGUCCGCAACUGGACCUAACUUUCAGGGGUACCUUUACCUUUACCUUUUACUUAUUAAAUAAUGUACUUUGAAUCCACGGUUAGUAUUUGUGUGGGGCGGAAGGAGGGACUUCUAAAUUCAGCCUUCUCCAUUAAUCCAAAGUUGACUGAAACUGGAUAAAGGGAGCAAAUAAUAUAUAAAAGGCCCUGCAUACUCAGUGUUUGUGUGUACAGGUGUAUAAAACUACAUUGUUUGUAAUGGUAACAUUGAUGGUUGCCAGGAGUUGGUUUUUGUUGGCGUUUGUAAGCUCCUUUGUGAAGGAAAUGUCUAAAAAAGUGGGAUACAAUAAGAAUGGAAGGAAAUGCAUUUUCAUUGCUUGCAACCUGAGCUUUUUUCCCAUUUAUGGCUUUUGUACUUGUGCCAGGUAAUGCUGAGGUUGCAGAUGAUGGUGCUAAGCGGUAUGACACAAUGUAUUCAUCUUGUGAAACAUCAAACAGCUCAGGUGUUGAGGAAUCCGCGGCUAAUGGAAUGGUCUUGACACAUGAAGAACUUGGAUACCAACUCUAUGAUGUUUCUGGUAAGCUUCCAGUCUACUUGGCGAGAGCCCCUAAAUAUAGGUACCUCCCUGUUUUUCUGGAUAUUCAAAUUGUAUGUUUUACCCUUUGCAUCAGCAAUAUCCAUUACAUAUAUUCUGUGUUAAAGUCCAUUCAUGUGUACUGCAUGGGGAUUAUCAGCAAAACUCAGAUUUAGAAUAGUGACAUGGUUUAUUUGUUUCCUUCCACACAAUGCACACACAUGCUUGUUGUUAAAGAUGCAGGAUGGUCUGACAAUCCCUUGAAUUUCUAGAACCCUCAGGUUUUGUAUGACUUUUAAAACUUCCAGUAGGGUUGUGAAAGAGCAUCUUGGAAGACAACGUUUGGAGGUAGUACAGUGGGGUAUAUUCUGAGAGUGAGAUCAAAGAACUGCUGACAGUGGCACUUAGGAAAAAGCUUCAGAGACCCUGGAAGGGAAGCAACAGGUGAUUUACUGUUUCAGGGGAAAAUAAAACAACCUUUCUAAAAGUGUCAUGCAAUGUUAUAGUCUUUGUCAGUGACCUUGUAGACUUGCCUGGUGUCUUCAGAAAGUAUUGACUCCUCUCCUUGGAUUGAAUUUGAAAGAUCAUGUUUAUAGACAUAUACAGUUGACGCUAGUAUUUUUUUUACAUAGUAAACCCUUUUGAAGAUGGUGCUUUCCCCACCCCACCCUGGUUGCUUAUAGUCCUUAGGCAAGAUAGUCACACUGCAGUAAAAUUUGCUACCAUAAAUGACACUGCAUUUUGAAUGAAGCACAUAUAAACCAGUUUCUUCAUUCAGAUGUGGCCAUGAACUUUCCUUUGUGUACCUGGCAGUGUGUAAUAUUUCAAAUGAGGGGUGGUGGGGAUUAAGUCACAGGACAUUAAGUUCUGACUGGGAAGGAACUGAUGCUCCAUGUAUGCUUUUCCUUCCCAUGAGAUGUCUGUGCUGUAUGUAACAUGUAAUAACAAGGAGCAGGCAUCAUGCAUAUAUUCAGGGCACUGUUUCUUUUCACAGACUGGGAUGGGGGAAAAGAUGGGAGUUCUGCAUCUUUGAAACUACCCAAAAGAGAAAAUUGACUUAUCAAAUCCCAAGAUGGCAGUUUUCACCCUCAUAGUAAAUAGUUGGAUGUUUUAUCAACUUCUUCAGGGUAAAGAUGUGCCACAAAUUACUGUAUGUUUUGCACCUUCCUUUGUGUCAUAAUGGUCUUAUACCUUUCCAGGCAGUCUCCUUUAUAUCAUUUAAAAGCUGAAUGAGCUGAGACCAGAAUCAGUUUGAACUCACAGUUGGAUUCAGAUUAACCAUAGCUUGUCAUCCAUAGCCCUCUAACAUGUCUCUAUUGUGAGGCUACUAAUAGCUACCUUUCCUCAGUUACAAUAUUCAUGUUAACUUGAAAUGAGAAGAAACUCUUAAUUUUAUGCCACCUUUUAAACCAUGGUGCCCGGUCGAUCAGGCAGUGAAUUUUUUCUAAACCAGAAAGCUGUUGUUUUCGCACUCAUCAUCCCUGUUUCUUUGGUUUUGUCACAAGUGACUUAAUUGGACAUGUUUAGGGUAGGUGAAAUAGUAAAAUCUUUUGUGGGUUAGAAGGCCUGACUUCAUAAGUCCAGUAUAAGCUUUGAAAUGUUUCUGCUUGCUGAGAUGCGAAGGAGCUAUAAACAGAUUGUGCCAUUAAUAAAGCAAUCCAGGAAUCUCUGUUUAGAGCAGAAAUAUCAGAAUGGAUUUUCCAACGUGCUAGAUCAUUGUAAUAAAACCACUUAAUAACAAUAAAUUUAUAUUUUGUUGUUCUACUAAAAGUACCUGUUGCAGUGCUGGGGUACCUCCAGCCUCCCAUUUGGUCAAGCCAUGCCCAGCUGCCAUCAUACGGCGUCAGUUGUGGGGCAGGUCAUGACAUUUGGUGCUUUGUGGGCUGUACCUUGGUCCACACAUUUGAUUUCAUCUAAUUCUUAGUUAUUCAAUGGGUGGCCUGCCACACAGGAGGUUGGGAAGAUAAUGAUCUGCCAGUUUAUCACUUCUGGCCUAGAGCUAUGUGCAACAUAAUGGUAAAAACAUAUUGUCAGAUGCUGUGUGGUGGUUGCUCGUGAGUAACCAGGCAGGACUCCAUUCUGUCUUUUACAGGUUUUUUUGUGCAAAUUAUUUACAGUGCAGAUACACAAGUUUCAUGUCUGUCUUAGUCACUUGCAGAAUCCGGGAGUGGCCUCUUCUGGCUUUUCCCCCAACAUAAGAACGUAGACACUCCAAAUCUCUGCCUCCCCUCUUUGCGUUUCACCCCUCUGCGCAAGCUGGGCGACGGAAGUGGUAUGCGUUCCUCCUGGCCAGCCCGGCUAGGUGAGGCGCUGGUGCUCUUAGCAGCACCUUCAAGCCCUUUCCGAAGUUGGCUAGCCCCUUCCCUCUCUUCUCCAUUGGAGGUGUGGCUUUUCUCCUCGCUGGAAGAGGAACUGCUCCUCAGAAGCUUAGGAGGCUCUCUGUAUCCCAAACGCCUCCCUGCCUCCCUCCCCUGUUCCGAUGGCAGUCCCCUGACACAUAUAUACAAUGAAAAGUAUAUACAAGAAUACUAUACAUUUCUAAGCUCAGUAACAAGACAUAAUAUAGCCAAUACCUUAAAGCAAAACUUGUAUCAUAUAUCAGAUAAGAAGGAUGGCAGUUCUUAAACCUGCACUUCUGCCCCCCUCCUCUGUACGUUGGGUAUUUUGUUUUUUGUUUGGUUUGUUUUUUUAAAAAAGAAAAAAUAUUAGUAAUUCACUCUCGAAUACAUUUUUUUCAGAUGAAGGCAGCCCCGUCAUUUCUCCGGAAGACUUGAAAGAAUGUUUGAAGAAACAAUUGGAGUUCUGUUUCUCACGGUAUUGAACUCUAAUGUAUUGGUAAAUGUAACUAGGGCUAGAUAUUGGCUCUUGCCAUGGUGUAUUUCAUUUGUUUGUGGGAGUGCAACUUCCAUUGGCUCCAGCCAGCAUGGAGUCCAACAGUAACUGGAGGGCAGUUUACCUUUGCUUUAAGGACUCUUAUGUAAGUGGUCAAUUAAAAAAAAAAAAAAGCAAAGGUUUCCACUUGAAUCCUCCUGUUAAUAUUUGGCACAAUGCUAUUGUGACAGAACGAGGUUAGCAUUGUGCCUCCUGACCCAGUCAAGAUUCUGAAAUUCUUACUGUAAAAAAGAAAUGCAAGUCACUUUUUAAAGUUUUUGUUUGCUUGUUGAAAUAUUUUCCUUUCUCCUUUGUGUUUUAGUGCUGUUUUUGUAGCGAUUUUAUAUUGCUCCCUGAUAGUUUUUGUGCUUGUCUAGUUUUCUAUUACUUCAGGGUUGCAUCUAACAAAGUCCUCCCAUUAGAGCAAGGACCUCUGUCUGUGCAGUGAACCUGCAUCUUUCCUUCUUUCUCCAUGUGCCCCCUGCUCCCCCAAGAUACGCUCCAGAAGGUUGGGGAAACCUCGGAACAGAUUUUGAGGGGUGGCGUGGGAGGGUCCAGGGGCGGAGGAGAGAGGAAGUCCAGUGAGGAGCUGGACAUUCUUGCAAUAACAGGACAUCUUUGCUGGAUGCAACUUACUGUUGUUUUGUAUUUUUUAUUGAUAUUGUGAACUGCCCAAAGGUGAAGUAGGUUGGAUAUAAAUGUCUAUAGAUCAGUAGGUAGCUACUCCUGACAGUUCAGCAUUCACUAACCAGGCCAAAACCAUAAGGCAGGUGUUUCUUUGUAGUAAUAGGCAACACGUAUUGGUAAUACUGUAUCAAUAUUUAGAACAAAUAGGUAAAAGGAUGUUAUGUUGCUGCUUUCAUAAUGUGUAUGAUUCCAUCCUGUGAUCUUGGUAUAUCUCUGUUACAUGAAUGUGUACAGUAUAGUCCUACACAAAAACAAUGUAUCUUUUUAAAAGUUUCUAUUUUUUCUUACUGUUUGGAAGUGUUUGAUAUAUCUGUCCCUAUGAUAAGCCACGCUGAUUUCUGGGUAUCAUUUUACAAAUAUGCUUAUUUAUUUAUUUCUAGUGAGAAUCUAUCCAAGGAUCUUUACUUGAUGUCUCAAAUGGACAGUGAUCAAUUUAUUCCAAUAUGGACAAUCGCCAACAUGGAAGGAAUUAAGAAACUGACAACUAAUAUGGAUCUAAUUGUGGAAGUACUAAGAUGUAUGUCAAACUCUUUUCGUAGCUGUAUUUUUAGAUGCAUUUACCCCUGGAUAAAUAGGUGCAUUUCUGUAUCUGAGAAACAUAUGUCUGCACCUAAGGCACUUAUUGCUGUUUUUAACUGCCUUCCACUCCCUUAAAGUGAAACUGCACUGUUUGAUUUGGGACUGCUUUGGUGCCCUUCCUAUACAUAAACCUAUUAUGUUUGAGCUAUGUGUAACUGAAGGGAAAUAAUUACCUUCCGCUUUCAUGCCCCAGGGUGAGGUUCACUGUAGCUUCAGUGAGUGUCUCCUUCUGCAGUGGGGCUCGUUCUCAUGUUAACUUUUCUCUCCUCAGAGGUCUGAAGGCCUUGAGCAAAUAUUCAUGUUAUGGAGGCUGGUGAGAGGUGAAGGAGAAUUGCAAGUCCUGUGGCAUAAGUGCAUUGUGGAAGUGAGAACAUCACUGGAUGUUGCCCAUAGAUUUGUUGCAGUGGGUUUUUCUGGAGUAAUUCCUACUUUGGUUUCUGCUUCCUCUGGUUGAAACUUCUUUACCAAAAAGGGGAAAGAUUAACAUGAGAAUGAGCAGAGCUUGUGGGCACUGAGAAUCAAGUGAAUUGAGUUACCCAUUUCAGGAUUUAAGUUGAAAAUUGGGCGAAAGGGUUCAUGUAUGUCGUUCUUAGGGUCUUGUUGUGUUGUAUCUGUUUCUGGCAGUUUAAAAGCUAUUCUUUAGCUACUACUUCUUUUUAAAUUCAGCUACUCCUAUAGUCCAAGUGGAUGAACGAGGAGAAAAAGUUAGGCCAAACCACAAACGAUGCAUUAUUAUUCUCCGUGAGAUUCCUGAAACAACACCUGUAGAGGUAAGAAAACAUUCAAGCAUUCCAUUGAUAUAGCAAGUUGGAAAAAAGUACCAUUCUGCAGGGAAACUCAUCUGGGUAGAAAGGACCAGAUUCAGCUGGCUUGGUGCACUUGCAGAAGUCAGCACAAGGGCUCAUUGUAGCACAAUGGGGUUUUCCCCUCUCCUCCGCUUGCACCACCUUCAAAUCCAUUCUUUGAGGUGUGAGGAGAUUGUCCUGAUGGAAAGAUCUCCUUAGCACAGCGUUGAGUUCCACCCACAGCAGCCAAUCACCUCUCAGGAUUAAAGAUAUUUUAAGAUGUCAAUCCUGCAGAAAGCUUUCCUUUUCCCAUUGAGAACUUAGAAUGAUGUGCAUUGUUGUAAGGCAAUACUCUCUAAGGCAUUAUUCUUGGUUAAUCGCAAUAACUCCCUCCAGGCUAUCGGGGAGAUUUGGAAUAUUUGGUAGCGAUCAUUUCCGCUUUUGUAAAGCAUAACUGAGUAGCAUUUGCCAUACCUAUACUAAAUGCACCUUAACAAUGGCAUUUAAAAAAAUGGAGAAGUUGUUUUUUUAGUUGUGAAAUAUUAGUUCACAAUAGCUGAGGAUAUGGAUAUUUGUUUUGGAACAAGGUUGCUUUGUUUUGCAGGAAGCCUAUUUGACUUAGGAGAUCACAUGGUGGCUUUACAGAUUGUUAGCAAUCUUGUUUGGAAGUUGAAGUAAAGUAAUGUUUCUUAUUGUGAUUGCUAAAUGCACUGUUCCACAUUUAUGUAAGCGGAGUACAGGUCAUUGCUAAUGUAGGUAACAGUGCUUCACUGAACUUAAGCAUUUUGUACUCCAGUAGGAAUUCAAAAUGUUUAAAAAUAAAGAUGAUAAACAUAGUUCUGCAUAUAUAUUAAUUCACUCUCUUUGACUUUUUUCAUAGAUUGUACAAUGUCCCAGUUGAUAAUAUGUCACAAAAACCUAUACAGCAAUUGUAAUUUACUGAAAUAGUCUUUUUUUUCCCCCUCCAGGAGGUAAAGGCACUGUUUAAAAAUGAAAGCUGCCCCAAAGUGAUAAGUUGUGAAUUUGCUCACAAUAACAACUGGUACGUUACAUUCCAGUCAGACACUGAUGCACAGCAGGUAAGAAAAUCAUGUGGUGGCCAACAUUUUACACUGCUAUUAUAUUCUGUCCUCUGCUAGCGGGUGAGGGCAGCCAAGAACAGUUAUAAACCUAUGUCUCUCAAAGCAAUCAUGUAAACGCAGCCAGAAGUUGAGAACUUUAAAAGACUGAAGGCAGCUAAGGACACACAACUGAUUAACAUUGCCUCCGUUACCUGAGGGGUGUGGGUGGCAUAGCAGAAUGGGCAUAUCCCAGCUGUUCCAGGGGUGUAUUUGCUGCUUUGAUAUGGGUAGGAAACCCUUUCAGCUCAAGAGGCACAUUACCUUCCAGGCAACUUUACUGAGGCCACAUGCCAAUGGUGAGUGGCAGCAAAGGAGGGUGGAGCAACAAAUCAAAUGCAACCAUUGUAGAGUAGGCUGGUUUCUAGAUACACUCUCACACUCUGUCCUUCAUCAAAGCAAAUAAGAGGCAUUAUCAGGAGGUCUAGGACAUAUUCCAGCCUGGCAAAAGCACACAGGCUAGUGGAGAUUGUGUGGGAAGAGUUCUGAGGGCUAGAGGCAAAGGUUUGGAGGACUGCCACCAGACCAGCCACCCCAGCUUUAAUGUAACACUUUAUGUGGCAAAGCUCCUAACUGUUCCUCAAGUAACCUCCGUAAAAGGAGCCAGAUUGUUUUUCUUUCUUUUUAGUUCAGUUUGUAUUUAUGCAGAUAGUUCCAUAAGCUUUCCAAUAUCUCUGAAGUGUAAUUCUGUCAAAGUGAGUCUCUCAGUGAAUGUUUUUGUAUCUGUACAGGCAUUUAAAUAUUUACGGGAAGAAGUUAAAACCUUUCAGGGCAAGCCAAUAAUGGUAAGUUGCCUCAAGUAUUCUCGGAUCUUAAGUUAUAUUUCAAUAUUUAAAUGAUUGGCUCAGCACUGUGGUUUUAAUACCAGUUUGGUGUAAGUGUAAUGUUUCUCUCCAAAUUGAUUUAUUUUAAUCAUGGUUUAAAGCAAGGGUCAGGAACCAGCGGGAUCCUGAUCUUUCUCUCGUCUCCACUCCCCCGCCUCCCACAACCAAGAAGGCCAACUUUUAACAUUGGGAUGGGACUGAUAGGGAACUUCCUAGUGCAGCUGAUCCCAGCUGAUUGUUGUUUUUUGUAGGCUCUCUUCAGGGGACAACAGUCAGCUGAUUGUCACUGCUUGCAGAGAGCUGUGUGCUGCACUUUGCCAGGGCUUCGAUCAGCUGCUAGCCAGGCCUUCAAAGUGUCUUGCAGAAGGCUUUGCAGGCACCUUUGAUUGUCUGUGCCUGCAGCCCACUUUUGGCCAAGUCACAACUACUUGCCGCAUACAUGACAUUGUAUAUGAUGGUCAGGUGUAGGGCAAGUGGUUAUGGCUUGAACAGAGGUUGCCCACCCCUGGUUUCAAGCAUGGUUAGCAUUACUGGAGUUGACUACAGUUAAGUCUAAUCAGGAUUGCAUUGCGGACAUGGUUUUGAGGCACUUUUUAGUCUUAUUCAUAGUGCCAACCGAACCGAACAACAUUAAACUAUGGCCAAAGCAAACCAUGAAAGUGGGAGACGAGAGGGUAGCACAUCCUUGAUGUGGGGGAGAGUCCGCUUCAAGCGGUGCUUUGCAAAGCUGCAAAGAGCAUUUUGACAGGUGCACAAUCCCACCUUCUGGUGAAUCAUGCUAAUCCUGGUCAAUCAUGCUUCUCAUUCCAGCAUUAGUGGAACUGCUUGCUCUUGCUAGCAUACCUACUAAGCAGAUCUGUCUCAAUAAUAUUGAAUGACAGUGUUAGAUUAAAUAGUCAGUUUUAAUUGUUGCGAUAUUUUUGAAGGAAGGCUUAUAUUGGGUAUUUGAAAUAUAGAACUUCAUCCCAGAAGCAAACCAAAUUGUAAACUUUGUUGAAAGUGCAUUUUUAGCAAUUUGUAAAAUCUAGUUCUGCAGGCUAACUUGAUAGAUGAAGGAAGUAGUACAAAUAAUUGUGGCUUCCUCUUUUCUUUUACUCUGAUACAGACCUUUUAAUGGCCUUGUCACCAUGUAUAAUAAAUGUGCUGUGGUUUCAUCUUCCUUUUACAGGCCAGGAUAAAAGCCAUCAACACAUUUUUUGCCAAGAAUGGUUACCGGGUAGUGGAUUCCAGUGUGUAUGUUCAGCCUGUUCAAACACAAGCACAGUUUGCCUCACCACUAUUUAUGCAGCCUGUAUAUAGUCCUCAGCAGUACUCCAUCUACAGUAUUGUGCCUCAGUCAUGGUCUCCAAACCCUGCACCUUAUUUUGAAACACCACUGGUAAGUUUAUGCUUAAGUCUCAUGUGUGAGUCACCUGGGUUUAUCUUUCUUUGGUGGCUGAAGAACACUCUUAUGUCAUUAAAUACCACUUGAGUAUUUUUAAAAAUAGUCUUUAAGCAUUUUCAGUACUAAAUACAGAUAAACUGUCUUAUUCAAAAUUGCUGAGUGGUUUUAAAGGCCUGCUUGAAAAACCAUGAGAUUCUGCAAUGGAAUAACAAUAAUACAUUUGAGCCUUCUCUAGCUAUGAACUAGAAUUAGUGGGUUUAAUAAUGUUCAGCAUUCUACUAGUUGCUCUGGAAGUAAGCUGCUGAGGAUUCGAGGCCUUUACACACAGACCUUUUAAUUUUAAACUAGUGAUAGAUAAUCACUGCAGAAAUUCACACCUACAACCACUGGGAUAUGGGGUUUGGAGAGAUGUUGAAGAAGCCCCGCUAUGCAAGAUUAUCCUCAGCAAGCCCUGUCUUUGAAACUCUGGGGAUUCUUGCUGUUAAUAUAGAGAAACCCCACAUUGGUUCUCUCCUUCUCUCCUUGCUUGAGCUAACAUGUCCCCAUUUUCCUGCCUUCUUAUGAGAGCCCUGACUUUCUAGCUUUUACAUACUCUAAGGAGAACAUCCCCACUCAGUAUAGCAUUACCUCCCCACAGCUAAGUAUUCUGGUAAAAGGGGAAAUGUAUACAGUUGGUGGAAAUGUAGAGGUAGGGAAGCAUACUUAACUUGGUUUUGAGUAUACUGUUGUGGUCCUCAGUUUUCUAGUUAAAGAACCUUUGUUUUCAGUGGGAUGAGUCCUCUAUGCUAUCUCUUGAUAUAUACUUUGUGUCUGCUGCAGGCUCCAUUUCCUAACGGUGGAUUUGUGAAUGGCUUCAAUUCACCAGGAUCGUACAAGACAAAUGCUGCUGGAUUAAGUAUAGCUCGCCCAUUCCAUAGAAACCGGUAAGAAAACUGGCCACACUCUUCUUGGGAGUCCUAUGACUGCAUCUGUCUUGUUAGCCAUUCUUUUAAUCAAUGCAGAUUUCUCCCAUUUAGCCAUUCGGAGACAGAUUCCGGUUCAGAGAAUUUUCAGUUCCACGCUAGAAUUUGCUUCCUCUGUUCCUAGGAUUAGCUGGGAAACAGCUUCAUAAAUUUAUAUUUGCUAUAGCUCACCACUCUUGGGUGUAGUUCGCAAUAAGAUUUGCUGCUGCUGUUGUGAUAUGCAUGGGCCAUGGGACACUUACUGCUUCUUGGCUACAAGCAUGUCUCCACCCCUGUACUGAAGGCAAUGAUGGGUUGUGAAGGGAGGAAGAAACCACAGAUUUUUACCAUGCUUGCUGUGCUCAGGAGAAGCUGCUUUCACAGCAGCUCCACAAGGUGUGAGACCAGCAGCAGGGAGAAGGUAGGGAACUUUCAGACACCCUUGCCCACUCCUGUUUGAACUAAGCAGAAUUUAACCCCCACUGUUCAGCAGUGAUUAUAUCCUGCUGCCUUAGGUGCACAGCCAAUGCAAAAUUUAAUACUUAAUCAGUGGCAUCAGCUGAUGGGCAUGCGGAUGUGGUUUAGGGGAACAAGCUAUGUGGGCCAAAUUGGACCCCUUGCAGGCCAAAAUUUGCCUGUGAGCCAGAGGUUCCCCACCCUUGCAUUGCAGGCUCAUUCUUCCGUUGUAUUGAAGUGUUUAUCAGUGACACACUUAAAGGAAUGCUCUCUGCAGUUGGGUGUGCAGUGGAGGAAGGUGUAGUGCAGUUGUACAGUACAGCAUCUCAAUGACCAGUUCAUUUCAAGCUACUUCUGUUAUAACCGACAUAUUGUCUCCACCUCUGUAAUUCAUUUACCAAAUUAGACUCUGUUCUGAUGCAGCUGUAAAGAUUUGAGUGUAGAUAUGCUCAUUCAUAAAAGAAGAAAAAAUCCAGUAAAUGGGAGCAACUCGUAAUUACUGAAAAUGAUAGUGUGCUAGGUUAACACAGUCAUUGCUUUCUGUGAGAUUUCAUUUGCAAACAGCCUUUGUACACAUUUGGGGAGGCCAAAGUUCAGGGUCGUCAGACAGUAUCACUAACAGAAGUUGGACUAUGAUACGGUAGUUUCAGCAACAACGGGACCUGUGGUACUGUUGUUUUAAUUUUAACUGAAACUCAAUAAAAUUUGGUUUCUGCAUGCACUUGGCUUUCUAAAGCCUUUAGUAAGACAGGUUGAGACAUUUUGGUAUGGACUGAGUUUUAGAUGCCACCAGCAUGUGGAACCUACUUUCUAUGGCAUUGCUUGUACUAAGUGAAAAGCUGGGGAAAAUGUAGAAGAUGCUGAGACGUCCUCUUUAUGAUUAUCUUGGGUCCAAGUAACUUGAUAAGCACUUCCCAUGGAACAGUUUCACUUGUGCACAUAAAAUUUUUGGUGUGCUCUGUCAGGUUUCAGAUGCAAACUUCCUACAUUAAUGUGUUUAGGAAAGGUUGUUUUAAAAGGAAAAACUUUCUGUUUAAUGUAGCUUUGCAUCAAGUGGGUAGUCCACCUCAAAGCAUAUUAUGGUAAAUAUCUUUCAUAUCCUAAUUUAUAGUUGCCAUAGCUUGGAGAUUGACUAGAAAGUUUCAGUUUUAUGUUUUUAAUCUAAACCAGAAGAUGUUCUGGUUUAGGCAGUAUGAAUGCGUAUCUGUCUUUUCCAGCUGUUUUAAUAUUAUUACAUGACUAUAUAGUAAGCUUUUAAAGCUUGGUUUCAGAGCCGUACAAAAUUAUCUAACCACAUUGGAAAGUGAUUUUCUCCUUACAAAAGUAUUUUUGUCAGUGGGCAUACAUUUUAGGAAAACAAAUAUCUUGGCCUGCCUUAACUAUGCCGCCCCCCCCCCCCCCCAGCUGAACAAAAUAUUUCUAAUCUUUGAGAAUAUCCUUUAGGAUUAAAUCACACCACAGCUUUGGAGAUACAUAUGCCUUUGAGUAAUACUUCUUGACAGAUCAGACGGUUGUGCGUUUUUUAUUUUAUGGCAGCAUUGAGAAUGAGAUGUGGAUUCUGAGUAUCAGCCCUGUGAUGACAAAUAUUGCACAUGAGAGAAAAUGGGCCUUACAAUCGAAGUCUGAGCAUCUCUUAAUAUUCUUAUACUUUUCUCUCCUGCUGUUUUCUUUCUUUGGCCUCUCUUUCUCUUGCUUAGACUAAGAACGUGUGCCCUUCUCAAUGACAGCUAAGAUUAUGAGAUCUGAGGGCUGGCUCACACUUUGAAACCUGGUUUUUCUAUUUAAUCGUACUGUGUCUUGGUCAUAGCAUUAUUCUGGAAUUUGUAAACUGUUCAUUUGGUUAUUACUAGUGUGAUUUGUAUUGUACUACACUGCAAUUCUUCAGUUUCCUAUAAGGAAUCAUUUCUCAAAAAAAACAACUAUAGAAGUCUCUACAUUUAGGUCUUAAAGCAUUCUGGACCCUCUUGGCAGUUUUUGUUGAUGUCCUAUGAUGACUUUGAUAACCUUCUUGAAAUGGGAAUGAAUGGAUUAGCUGAUUCCAGUUACUGCAAAAAGAAGAAGUGGUUACCAACUGGUUUCUAAAUAUAUUUCAGACUUUUGCAAACUCAUUUGUGACAUUUGAAGUUGAAUCAGUUUACGGUUUGGGCCAAGAAAGAGUUUUUCCAUUAAGGAUUAGAUUUAUUAAUACUGUGAUACUAAAUUGAUGGCUGUACACCCCCUCCACUCACAACAGACAGAAUAGUUUAGCAGGGUGUGUUCUGCUCAAACCCACCUUACAGUGUUUCCAGCUAAUACUGAGUAAGUCUAUUUAGGACCACCACCGCCCCCAAAUAUAUUUGAGUGUUUUCAAAGAAACUACUUGCACCUUGAUCCCCUAGUGGCAAAGGAUUUCUUGGAGUUAUUUGCCUCUUCCUCACAGAGAUGUGAUUCUUUAUUGGGACAUGAUAAUAAAUAAUAAAUUUAUAAAUAAUUUUUUAUUUAUACCCCACCCUUCCCGGUUCAGAAAACCGGGCUCAGGGCAGCUAACAACAAAUUUAAAACACUUAAUUGUAAUACAACAUAGAAGCAGCAUAAAAUACAGUAUAAAAAUAUACAGUAAAAAUACAGUGUAACAAUAAAAUUUAAAGUUCAAAAAUCAGUUUGGGGAAAAUCCAUCCAAUAAACAUUAGAUAGUCACCAGGGCUAGCUGGCUGAAUUAGUCCUACUUGAGCCAGCGAGGAGGCCAGGGGAGAAUUGGCUGUGGGGUCCCAGACCAGGUAAUCAUCAUAAAAGGGGAGGGGGAGGAAAGAGAAAGGAAAUAAAAGAUCAGGCUGAAUUCAAAUUAAAGGCCAAGCGGAAUAUCUCUGCCUUACAGGCCCGGCGAAAGGAGGUUAAAUCCUAUAGGGCCCUAGUCUCAUGGGACAGAGCAUUCCACCAGGUCGGAGCCGUCACUGAAAAGGCCCUGGCCCUGGUAGAGGAUAGUCUGACUUCCUUAGGGCCCAGGACCUCUAAACUAUGGUUAUUCAUGGACAUUAAGGUCUUCUGUGGGGCAUACCAGGAGAGGCGGUCCUGUAAAUGCGAGGGCCCUAAGCCACAAAGGGCUUUAAAGCUCAAAACCAGCACUGUGAACCAUGAGCCUAUACUCCACCGGGAGCCAUUGCAACUGGUAAAGCACUAGGUGAAUAUGCUCCCAUGGCAGGGACCCCGUGAGGAGCCUCGCUGCAGCAUUCUGCACCUGCUGGAGUUUCUGGGACAGUUUCAAGGGCAGCCCUGUGUAGAGCAAAUUACAGUAGUAAAGCCUGGAGGUGACCGUUGCAUGGAUCACUGUGGCCAGAUCAGGGCGGAAAAGGGAAGGGACCAACUGCUUAAUGCGGCGAAGAUGGAAAAAUGUCGUCUUAGCUGUUGCUGUAACCUGCGCCUCCAUGGAAAGGGAGGCAUCAAGGAUUACACCUAAACUCUUAACGGAAGGCACUGGCACUAAUUGGGCCCCCAGAAGAGAAGGGAGUUGGUCCCUCAUCCCCAUGCCAUCCCGACCCAGUCAGAGGACCUCUGUCUUUGAAGGAUUUAGUUUCAGUCGGCUCCCACGAAACCAUCCAGCCAAAGUCUUCAAGCAUCUGGUCAGUGUGUGUGGGGCUGAGUCGGUGUUGCCAUCCAUCAGCAGAUAGAGCUGAGUGUCAUCAGCAUAUUGGUGACAACCCAGCCCAGAGCUCCGGACAGUCUGGGCAAGGGGGCACAUAAAGAUGUUAAAAAGCAUUGGGGAGAGGAUUGCGCCCUGCGGCACUCCACACACCAAGGAGUGGCACGACGACAUCUCCCUCCUUAGCGCCACCCUCUGUCCCCGACCAGAGAUAAAAAAGCACAGCCAUUGUCAGGCUGUGCCCUGUAUCCCCAGGUCGGCGAGGUGGUGGUCCAGAAGAUCAUGAUCGACCAUGUCAAAGGCUGCUGACAAAUCUAAGAGAAUCAGCAGUCCCGACCCGCCUUGAUCCAGUUGUCUAGGGAGAUCAACUGUUAGGGCAACCAGAGCCGUCUCGGUCCUGAAACCAGGAUGGAAAACGUACUGAAAUGGAUCUAAAGCUGAUGUUUCCUCCAGAAACCUGCCAAGCUGUUCAGCAACCGAUCUGUCAAUUACCUUACCCAGAUACGGAAGAUUUGAAACUGGGUGGUAAUUGGAUAGAUCUAAAGGAUCUAAUGAAGUUUUGUUGAAGAGCUGACACACCACUGCUUCCUUCAGCUCCCUUGGGAAUGUCCCCAUGAAAAUAAUAAUGACUGCAUAUGGGGACCUUAUUUUACAAGCUGUAAGCUUAGUGCUGACUGGGUACCACAUCCAUACAGGGAGUCAAUGCAAACUGAGUGGUUUUGGUUUUUUUAAAGGGGGAAGUAAUGAUCUGUUUUAACAUGAUUAAUUGCACCCCAUAAAAGAAAAAUUAUGGAGACCCUUAUUGUGCCCUAUAUUUUAAUCUCGGAAUAGGUGAGGACAAAGGAAAUGGAGGCAUGCUCGUUUGAAGGUAGGAAAUGAGUGGUUGGAUUUUGAGCUGAACCUGAAAAUGGAUUAGAGUGAUUAUAUAGAUACACAACUUGACAGGCACAAAAAAACCAAGCUGAUUAAAAAAACAGCCUUGUUUUUGCUUUCGAACAUUGUAUUCUGUCAAUUCACAGUUGCGAUGCUGGUGGCCAAUGUAGAUUUGUAUUGUUAUUAGGAAAACAUACUACUAGGCUUCCUUAGUUCUUAAUGUGUUGGUGGCCAGUUUAGUUUGUUGACAGGAGCACCUUUUUGUACUGUUGGGUUAAUUUAUGUCCACAUAUUUUGCAUAUCCAGCGUGAAGCCUCAUUUCCGAUUGUCAAGUAGUUCUGAACAUUCUGCUGAAGUAACAUCCGCAGUCAGUGCUGUGUCCGUAGGAGAUGGACAACUGCACAGAGCCAGCUCAAGGAACUUCCAAACGGAACGGCAAGCAAACUCAUUGUCAGGACACCAAGAUCAAAGCUAUUCACCGAAGGAUUCUUCUGUUACACAGAUAGAGCAAAAUGGUGAUUAUGGCAUGAGCCGAGGCAGGUAAGGAAUACAUCAUUUACAGGUGUGCUUUAAGGUUUCUGCCAGCUAUAUAAAGCUGCAUUAUAAUGAGCUAGAUCAUUGGUCUAUCUAGCCAAGGAUGUCUGUGUUGACAGGCAGUAGCUGUUGUCAGGCAGGGGUCUUUCUCAGUGCAUCCAGCGCUCUAGUUUGUCAGCAUUUGAACUUGGGACUACUUUGCGACAGUAAAGUCUCAAAGCUACUCUUAAAACAAAAUUCUACAAACAAAUGAAAUUCAUACAAAUGCUGUUCUUAAAUUUAAAAUUCAAAAUCAGUAGCAGACUAAAAGUGAGUAAUAAGAAAGGAAAAUACCCUCUCUCAGACAUGAAAGAUAAUCACCAACACUUUGAGCUAAAAUAGUCCCCAAAACCACCACAAUAUUAACACUGGUGCUGGAAAGAUAUUAGUGUUAAUUCUAUGAGGGAACCUUCUUUCUACCAGCUCUAGGGUGUCCACAAAACCGGGCAAACCCCAAUAAAACACAGGGAAUAUAAAAUGGGUCGGCAUUUAAUCAUAUCAAUAAGCUGUUGGCAGUUUUAGCAGCUUUAAAAAUAGUUAGAAAGUUCAUGGAAGCUUCUCUUUGCUUAUUUACAGGAGAAACAUUUUCAGAGGUCGGAGAAGACGGGAAGAUGACAGACUUGUGGUAAGGUUUUGGGUUUACUAAAAGGAAUAUUUGUACAGUCAUACCUUGGGUUGAAGUUGCUUCAGGUUGAGCAUUUUCGGGUUGCGCUCUGUGGCGACCUGAAAGUAACGGAAUGCGUUACUUCCGGGUUUCGCCGCUCACGCAUGCGCAGAUGGUCAAAAUGACGUCACGAGCAUGCGCAGAAGCGGCGAAUUGCGGCACGCGCAGACGCGGGUUGCAUUCUGCUCUGGAUGCGAACGGGACUCCGGAACGGAUCUUGUUCGUAUCCAGAGGUACCACUGUACUGUAAAACAGCCCCUGUGAUGGCCCUUCAUAUGCCAAAAGAGGUUUUGUCCUUUCCAAAAUAGUGGCUUGGACCAUUCGUCCCUUCUGCCCGAACUGUGACCCUUCUCUUCAUUCCCACCUGUAUUGCACGUUAAGGAGUCAUACUGCUCUCAAUUUCCAUUGAAUAUAUUUUCUUGAAAUCUCAUUUUGUGCGAAUUUCAAUAGUGAGAUAUUUUCUCACUGAUAUGGAUCACAGCGAUACCUAAAUACAAGCACUUGGGACUUCUGAAAAGGAUGUUGUGGCUGCUUUUUGCUUCUCCUUUGGUCCUGCGAUUGCUGUGAGUGAAGUCGUGGCUUGCUUGGUUUAGCAUGUCGUCUGGACCCAGGCCUGUGGUUUGUCUCCAGACAAACCACAAGCUGUGUAACCACAGUUUGUUCUUAGGCUUACUGGAAGAUGCAAAUGAUGAGCCUGGGUGUGGAUGGCAUUCUAAGGCAAAUCAUGGCAUAGCUCACAGCAGUGCAGCAGCAGCAGCAGGACUGCAAUCUUCUAUCCAGGAAUCUACUUGCUCAUGCUUUCAUUGAAAGCUGCAGUCUGAUUUAGCAUUGCGUGUGAACCAGUUCACUGUAUUGCAUGAAUAUGGCUUGUAAGGGUAUCUGGAUGGAGGGAAGAGGUGUGUUACUCAAUUUCUUCUCUAGAUUGAAUAUUGAUUGGGUGGGGCAUAGUAUGUUACUCCUUCACAGUAUAUUAACAUGUUAUCUUCUUUUUUAGCGGCCUCCGCCUUCAGCUGAAACUAAGACUUUGACACCAAAGUUUGACUUGCUAGCCUCGAAUUUCCCUCCAUUGCCUGGCAGCAUGAUAAAAACACAAGGGGACCCAGUCUUGGAGAGUAGGAUGUCGGACGUUGUUAAAGGAAUAAGCAAAGAAAAGGUACCUAAUCUCAGUGCUUGACCUAAUCUCAGAGCAAGAAGGGGAGGUUAGAGUGAGUCUUGUCCUAAUCAAGGGCACAGAUUGUUAGAAGAGAGCAGGAAGUGGCUGUCUCCCACCAACCCGGCCCCAAAUCCUGUGACUGAUAAUAAAACAAAUGCACCCCUGUCUUGGAAUGCUUGCUACACAGUGCAUAACCUUGUCUUGCUCCAAGGGGUCCAUACAGGAGCACUACGUCUAAUGGGGCUGAAUGUCUGGGUGAGAAAUCUGAGCCAGGUUAUUAUUUCAGCCACCCUUGUAAAUAAGCCCAUACAGGUUAGUAGCCUGCAAAAUGUUUAGUUGCCUGCUGAGGGGCUCACAAAAGAGGGAAGGAGAAUGAAGGUCAGGAGGCCAGUGCCCUGGAAGGUUUCACCAGUGAUGCUUGCCCUGGGCCCGCCUUUAUUUUUUAUACUGAAUCAUUUAUACCUGAGUAUAGCCACCAUUUAAAUUUCCCACCGUGCCCCUAUAUAGCAUCGCUUUGGAGCCUGCUAUCAGCUAAGCCUGCCACCGGGCCCAGUGACAAGAGUUAGAGACCCAUUAGAUACAAGUUUGCCGAAGGCCCCAUCAGACCUGUAACUAGUCAUGUGACGAGAUCUGUCCCGUCCCCCACAGCAGCUUGCUCUAGGUUUGCACUGAGUAUGGAAAUGGUUUGCCUCCUCUGAGGGCAUGUCUAGUUUUCUAUGCUGUGAGCAUAGGAGGGACUGAGAGCUCCAUCCCUCCUCUGCCAAUUCCCUCACUCACCUGCAUGCAGUUUGUGGCCACUGUGGCUACCAGGCUAGUGCUUUAAAUACAAGGCUGAUUUCACCCCUGCUAUAGCUGCUGGUGUGUGCAGUACUGGAGUAGACAGGUGCAGCUGCUUUUACAAACUUGUAAAGGGUCCAUUUUAAUGUAUGUAUUCUUUGGGCUUGAUUGAAUGACAUUCCUAUUUUAAAAUGUUUGUGUGCCCCUUGUUUGUGGCUGUGACUCAUGUGAGUUGUUACCUUAGUCUGUAUUGUUGAAAACAUCGUUUCUUUUGCUUCCUCUAGGAAAACAAAGAGUUGCCAGUCGAUUGUAUAACAUCUACUCAGGAAGAGCAGGGCCAGAGUACUGUUCAGCCUGUCACGAGUGCCAGUUCUCCCUGUGAGAUUGAUGUUCCUGGAUUAAGGUAAGGAGACAAGUGUUAGUUUUAAGUUGCACCUGGAACUAUGUAGCUGCAUUGAAAGGGAAGGUCAAAUAUAUUUAUGUUUGUUUUAGUACUAGAGGCAUUUUCUGCCAGCAGGCUGUUCAAAGUGACAUGCAAUCAAUAAAAAGAAAACCAAGGGGGGAAGCAAAUUACAGGGCAGCUAGUUAAACAAAAGACAACAGCAAAUACCAAUAAUAGUAUGGGUGAAAGUUGCAGCUAUACUCAGAAUGCCCUGCCCUUUUUCCUUUAAUUGAUGAAUGCUUUGUGUACUCUUCAUGUUUGUAAGAACUAGUUCAUGGUGCUGCCUAUCUCCUCAGAUGUCUGGUAACAGAUGAUUCUGUUUUAAAAGGUACUGUGCAGUAAUCUGGGUCCCCAUAUCUGGUUAUACUGAAUAUCCUUAAAAUAAGUAAACAAUUCCUAAGAGCUCACUUGUGAGUCUUAAGAGCAAGCAGAUUAAAUGGAGGAACAUGGUUGCACUUGGAGCCAGUUCAAACAUAAUUCUAAGCCAAACAAUGACUUGGUGCUGAUGAGCCUCUGCAGUGAAGAUUGAGACCAUAGCACACUUCUGGUUUUGCUCUGUUAGCCAAGGAGAAUCUGUGGUUUGCUUAGUGUUAAGUCUGAAUCUGGGCUCAUAGUUUGUUUCCCCUAGAAAAGCCACAAGUGGUAAACCCAAGAAACAAGCCUUUGCCUACAGCUUGGGGUUUGAAGUGAGACAAAUCACGAGCCUGAGUUUAUACCUAAUACUAAACAAACCAUAGCUUAGUCCUGGGUAGCACUGCCAGACCAGGGGAGGAGAGCAGUGGCUGCACCCACAUAUUUGCUUGUUUUGUGCCAAGCCAUUUAUUUGGCUUUACAUUCCAUGCAAACUGGGCUAUUGUAUUUUAAUGUUUAUCAGACAAAUGAAUAUAAAAACAAUGAAAAAAAUGUGUUGCUCAUACGACUAGUGCAUAACAACACAAAAGGAGAUGGACCUAUGAUGUUAUGAUUAAUUGUGUGGGAGUGGACUGGCAUUGUGUGUGAUGAUGCGUUCAACAUGCACACAGGGAAGGGAGCAUAUGGAAUCUGUGCCCCCUGCCUUUAAAUAUGUUUCCAUACCUGGAAAAUGAUUGCUUUGGAUGCAAGAAAUCAUUUUCAAGAAGCCCAGCUAGUUCCUGUGCAAGGUGUAAUAUCAAACUCUCAUUGGAUUUACCAGUGCCACUCAACCAGAUAAGCUGGAAGAGGUCCAAGCGCAGAAAGAGGUUGCAAGCCAGACUUCGCCACCUUCACCUGUGUGCCCCCUCAGUACUGUAAAAUCACCUAGGACAAACGCCACUUCAUCUACAACCAGUACAAACACGAUGCCUACCGUGACAGUACAGGUAAGGGUGUCUGCUUUCAGUGGGUUUUCAAUGGCUUUAAUAAACACCUCCAAGCCUUGGGGAAUGUGGGAAUUUCACCCCAGUAUUUGCAGUGAAGGUUUGUGUUUGGAUGGAGGGGGCUGUUGAAAAAAAUAAUAAAAUAAACUUUUGCAUUGACUGAAGAGAAACUACAGUGGUACCUCGGGUUACAUACGCUUCAGGUUACAGACUCCGCUAACCCAGAAAUAUUACCUCAGGUUAAGAACUUUGCUUCAGGAUGAGAACAGAAAUCGUGCUUUGGCGACGCGGCGGCAGCAGGAGGCCCCAUUAGCUAAAGUGGUGCUUCAGGUUAAGCACAGGUUCAGGUUAAGAACGGACCUCCAGAACAAAUGAAGUACUUAACCCGAGGUACCACUGUACUUGGUUUUUAUUUUAAAAUGCUGUCCUUUUGUAUUCUGGCACACUAAAACCUUUCUCUUUGACACCCAAAGCAACCUCGGAAGCUCAGCUAUGCUGAAGUCUGCCAGAAACCCCCAAAAGAGAUGGCUCCAGUUUCUGUUCAGCCACUUAGGGAGCUGCGUACCAAUGUAACCUCUCCUGCCAAAACAGAAGAAAAUGGCACCCAUGAAAGAGCUGGAGAGAAGGCGUGCGAAAAACCUGAAGGACGGGUUAAGGACUUUGCGGUCUUCAGGGGCAACGGGCCUCCCAAGGGAGCCGCAGGAAAAAUCAGGGAACAGAGGCGCCAAUGUGGACGUAGGUCUUCUCCUCAGGGAGCGCCUCGGCGUGUUGGCAAGGAACAGUAUGUGCCACCACGAUCACCAAAGGAAAAUUGAUCAAACUUUUUAUUUAAUCAUAAGUAUGGACUAAUGAGCAGUAGAGGAGAAACUGGCCAGCUGUGAGAAAUUCAAAUGUGGGGAAAGCGGACACUGAAUUCAAGAGCACAGAGUUUGCGGUGUGAGAGUGCUUGAAGAGGUCCCAAUAUUCAUCUCAAAGUGAUAUAUAAAAUGCUGGAGGAAUUGAAUCAAUAUAAAUAUGAUAAAAGAUUAUAAUUUUUGUAACUUUUUUUUUUUGUUUUAAUUUGCAGCGGGUUUCCUGCCUGAAGGUAGAGUCUUGGGUUAUGAAUUAGUUUGUUGAAAAUGAGGAACAAAUACAUACACACAAUAGCAUGUUCCUCACCUGGAGAAAGAAGAGGCAAAAUAUUUUUUCCCUUUUUUUCUUUUUUGAAAAAAGCAUUUCUGUAAAAGUUAUAAAUUACUUUUUAAAUCUAUUUAAUGUACGGCUUGUAGGAUGAUGUGUAUGCCAUUAAUGGCCUUGCAUUACAAAUCAGCCCCAAAACUGACAUGCUUGGUCAGUAUGAAUGAGUGUAGCCACAUACUUGUUAUGUCAUGAUUUAGUCACUGCUGAUAACUGAAUGUACUACUGUAGUAUUUUGUGUUUUGGAAAUGUAGUAUUUGAACUUACUAAUUUUGGUCAGCUUUUAAAACUCUAUUUUACUUUGGAUUAUACAAACAGCAAGAUUAGUAAAUGAAUAGUGGGCAAGGUUUUAAUUUGUACUUGCUUUCCCCCUAAUUAGGGAUUGCAUUAUUUUUAUUUUCCCCCACUGCUUAAGUAUUUUUCUCUAAAUCUUUAUUACAGAAUUAUGCACAUCUAGCUGGAAUAGUCGUUCCAGUACUGAUGCAGGACUAAUACAGAAAAAGUGCACAGCAGUCCUUUUCUUGGUAUCACAUUUAAUGACCUUGGAUUUUCAUCUCUUCAGUAUGCUUAAUUGUGUAGAAGUGAGGCAAGUCAGUUUGAAGUUUGGCCUUUCUAUGAUACAUGGAUGGGCCUCUAGAGUGACUUGCAUUGAUACAUACUGUAUAUUGAAAAAGCUCUUUCUACUGAAAAAAGCACUUCAUACUAUACUGGAAAUCAGGUUUUGUGUAGAGGGCAGACUUUUAAAACAGCAAGUUUGGUAAUUAGGUUUCCUCGGUUUUUUAGAGGUGAUAGCCAUGGAAACUUCCAAGUUAGUCUGGAGAACAUUGGAGAGGAUUUUUACAUAGCUUUAUGUUAAUUAGAUUAACAACAUUGUGUAACGAGCAGUCUGGGUUAUAAGCUGGUAACUCUAGUAAGUCAUAAAAGGAAUAGGAAAGCUACAAGUUAAAUCUGCCAAAAUCUGCAUGCUAGGGUUCAAGGUUCUGUAUUAAAGUGUUAGGGGAAAGUAUCUUGCAACAACAAAGUGUACCUUUCUUUAGUUAAUAGCAAGUAUAACAAAUUUAAAGUUGUUAGUUGUGAACACUGGAAAAUGCAGUUGCGAGAUACUACCACAUCCUAGUUUAUAUAUGCUAGUGAUAACUUUAAAAUGUCAGUGGCAGAUAAAUAAUUUAACUGUGAAAAUGUUCAUCUUCUGAUUUUCUUAGCCAGAUAACCCUUGGCAAUUUUUACUCAGUAGGCAUUCUCUAUCAAUGGCUUUGAGAACACUCAUAUCUAUUUUUAUAAGUAUAUAAAUAUAUAUAUAAAGUUAGAUUUGUCAUUUCUCUAACUUAUUAUUCAGCUUGGCAAUCACUUUUUUAUUUGAUUGAAAAGUGUAUAUGUACUUACAUAGUUGAUAUUCUUUUUUUCUAUGCAUGUUAUUAAUCAUUACUCAUUUUAAAGUACAUGUGCUGGGUUUGGCAGUCUUUAAAUUUACACAAAUCAUUGAUCACAUCUGUUAACACACAAACCCAUUUUGGUUUACUCAUAAUGCUAUUUUUGUAUGGACAUAACCCACAAAAGGUGAAAAAUAUUUAAAAGUGUUAAGAACGCUGCAAAAUGUAUGGAAGAGUACUUCAAAAAUUCUUUUUUAAGAUCAUAAAUCUAAUUACUGCACUUGGAUUGGAAAAAAAGGUUGAACUGUGACAGUUAUCCUUAGGGUAGACACGUAUUGUGACAUUACAAACUAAAGAUGUAUUUGAAUUUAUAAGAGCCGACAGGAGUUCUGGAAAUAUAUAUAUGGUUGUCUGUCAUUCAGAGAGAAUGUAGUUGUUUGGAAAGGGGCUAGUCAAAACAAAUUACCUGGCAGUGUGAGUGUGUGAAACCUAACCCUGCGUUAUGUAUCGACGUAUGGGUAGAAUCUUUGUUCAAAAGCAGAUCAACUUGAAAGUGUAGCUCUUUGCUUUUUUGGAUGUUAAAAAAAUAGAGCUCACAAUUGCUUUCUUGUGAGUUAAAAAUGUUGACCUAUGGAAGAGAUGUGUUAUACACCGUGUGUGUGUGUGUGUGUGUGUGUGUGUGUGUGUUUGUGUGGGUUAUGGCUCUUGUUCAAUGUAUGUGUUAAAUGUGUAAAAACAGCUUUUUCCAGUGUAAAGUUGCUACUCUUGAGGGCUCAAUAUUUGGUAACUAUCAUCUCAAUUAACAUAGCCUCCCCCCCCUCAAAUCUACUAUAAACUUUUAGGUUUAGAGGAACUAAUGAAGUAAAUGCAACUGUUAAAAAGAGAGUGAACAGUGUGUGCUGUUAACUUUUCUUGCAGUUAUUGCAUGAUUAGAAACUUAACUGGGCUCACUAUUGCUCUUGUCCAUUCUCAGGCAGUGUCUUGAGUCUCCAUCCAUCAGUCUUCCCAUAUUACUUUGGAAACGAGAAAUAACAUCUUUAGAACUAGAUUCACUGCUGGCAAUUCUGCUGUUUUAUUGUAAGAAUGUUGAAUGUGGCAGUGCUUGUUUUCUGCAUAGUUUUGCAUUAAAGUGUUAAUGGACAAAGCAUUCUUAUAGUUACUGGGAAAUUGAGGCAGUGAACAACAACAUGUGAACCCUUGUCCUUUGUCUAUUAAAAAAUACUGGAUGAAUGUAAUAUAUACCGGCAUAGCCUGUACUGGUAAAAUAACCAAAACAAGCAUUUUCAUUGUAAAUAUUGAAACAGUGGAGAUGAAGCUGAUGUUUGCAUUUCAUCCAUAAAACAUCAGUGUCAAAGCUGUCUACCUAAAUGCCAUUACCUUUCACCUUAAAGGUCAGUAAUGGACAGACAUGCCUGUUGAGUCUUAUCAGUUGAAAUAAUAAUUCAUUAUAAUGGCAAACAGCUUUCAGUUUCCUCAACUCUCAUUUGUUGGUGAUUUUAUGAGUGUUCUGAGUUUUUCUCCUUUCAUGUUUUUAGGAUUGGUAAAUAACUCUGGGUCCUAUUAUUGUACUUAUGUUCUGGAAGGGAAAAAAGGGGGAGAUACUCCGUUGGCAUGGAACUUAAUAUUCCUACUUUCUUUUCUUUUUUGAUUUAGCUUGGCAGAAAGUGUGAUGCAGAUUUAGCAGUAGGUUGAACUAAACCCAUCUUACUGACCAGAAGAAAACUUAAAAGAUGAAACUGGGGCAGAUCAGUAGCAAUUAAGUGACUUAAGCAAUGCUUUUAUUGUAGUAAAAUAGCUAUGGCCUUACUAUUUCAUCAAUAUCGGCUAAAUGUCUGAAUAUGUUCACUCUUUUUACUGUUACCCAAGUGAAUAUUCACAUGAGAGAGAAAAAAUACCUGCUACAUGUGUACAGAUUUCAAAUUUGUAAAAUGCAGCAUUAUAUACAGACAAAAUGCAACAGAAAUGCACUUCGGGUUGGGGGGAGCUUUUGUAAAUUGUGAUUAUAACAAAUAUGCAAUAGGUUUUUUUUUCUUUAACUUUUGAUAUUUCCUUCUGAAACAUAAGAUUGUUAUCGUUAAUCUUUAAUGGCCUAUCAUGCUCUUGUGUGUGUGUGUGUGUGUGUGUGUGUGUGUGUGUGUGUUUGAGAGAGAGCAGAUAUUCUUUGUCUGGGUUUCCUUUAGGAUGGUACAUUUCAUUUAAAAAAAAAAACUUUGGAUGAAAGUUAGCUGGGUCUCCAGCCCUGGACUCUGGAAGACAUCUGAUGAGUGUAUUAAUGUAGGUUUCAGAGGAUAUUAAAUGGAAACUAAUCGGUCUUCAAAGUAACCUGUAACAGCUUCAAGAAUUUUGUAUUUAAUAGCUGGAGGGUGUGUGUUUUUUACAGAAGAUUGUCAUGGAUAAAAUCCCCCCCUCAAAUAUAUUUCUGAUGUAACUGGCUAGUGCACAAAUGGUUUCAGUUCUUCAGUCAAAACCACUCAGCUAUGUCUCUCCUGGAAAAGUUUGGUUUCUGAUAUUUAUAUUCUCACUUUUCUGUGAGACUUCUGUUUAAAAAAAAGAAGUAGUAAUUAUCUGGAUUCUCUACUUUGUCAGUUUGGUUUAUUCCUGUUGUCAAAGCUGUCUAAAACAAAAAUGUGUAAAGUAGGUUCAUGCUUAAUUGUUAAAAUUAUACAUGUAUUUGUAUUUGUUUUUGACAUUGCCAAGGUGCUAUGGGAAACUGAAAUAACCGUUAGAAGGAAAUAAUAAAAUCCACCUUAAAAAGACACAC